AUGUCGAUUCCGAGCGCCUUGAGCUUUCGGUCGUUUAGCGCAUCGGGCGAUGACAGCGACCUUGUGCGCCUCAGCAAGCUCAUGUCGAUGAAAGGCAUUUGCUCACGCCGCGAAGCCGACAACUACAUCCAGAGCGGCAACGUUCGCGUGAAUGGCGAGAUUAUUUCGGAACUCGGCUCCAAAGUCCACCCGACGAGCCAAAUUGAACUCAGCCGCGACGCCAACACGCACCGAAAGAGCAAGGUCACUGUGAUCCUCAACAAGCCGCUCAACCUCGUAUCGUCGCAACCCGAGAACGGCCACGCGCCUGCGAUCAAGCUUUUGUCCCCCGAGAACGAGUUCAAGGAGCUCAGCGUCCAACAACCCUUCCUUCUCGAUGGCCCGAUGAAGAUGAACGUCGAGCGUUUUGGGCCCUUGGCGCUCCCUAAAAUGGCC